AUGCACGCAUACCACGCCAUGCCGCCAGGCACAGGACAGCAGGUGGCGACGCUGGACGAGCACGAGGUCGGUGCCACUGGCGGCAGCGGCGGGGACGCCGCUGUCGAGUCGGUCGAACGGGACACAAUCUCCCGUUUGGACGCCGUACUGCUCGACGCACCUGCAGCGGCGCCAGGCGAUGAGCCAGACUGCGGCACUGCCGCCACCGCCACCAGCUCGUUCCUCAUCGAGCACACCCCCGCCUUCUUUGAACAGGUCGCCGGCGCCGCCGCAUCCAACGAGCGCUACGCUGCGCUCGUCCAGUCCAACACCGUCGCAGGGACCUUUCGCCACGCGAUGGAGGCAGAUUGGGCCGGGCGCGACACACCGACGACGACGAGAUGCAUGCGGACUCUGCCCCAGGUGACCGUACACAAGCCCGCCGCGGCAUAUAUGGCACCGUCACACUCGUCCCCGAUCCCUGUGGCCGUGUCCACACGCCGUUGCCGCCACCCAUCAGCCUACAUCACCGCCACCGACCACGACAACGACUACGACCCGCUCGCCGUCGCCGGCAGCAGCAGCGACGGCGGUGAGAGCAUUCUCCCGCUCUGCCUCUCGCACCACGACCCGGGCACGUCGGAGCAGUGCCCAGUCAACGUUAGCGUCCACGUGCUGAGCUCGUACCUCUCCGAGGAUCAGCUGCUUGCGCUCGUGUGCGCGAUGCGCGCCAAGGCCGCCGCCAACGCGCGCUUCCGCGCCGGCAACCUUCGGAGCGCAGAGCAUGUAUACGUCGCAACCAUACACGCCGUUCUGCCUGCAAGCUUCCUCGACGCGGCCGUCGACGCACAGCAUCAAGAUUCCCACGAUGCCCGUGCAGCGCCGCCAACCGGUAGCGCCAGUGGCAGCAUGUCGCUCAUGCUUCAUUUUCAACGUCUUGUCCUCAAAGCGAAUGGCGCGACGCCGAUCGAGCCGAACGUCCUGCUCAACCGUGCAGCUGCGUAG